GGACAACAGAAGACAGAGAAAUCCUCCUCAUCACAAACAUGAGUGUGAUCUGCGUCCUCAUCUGGACUCUCCUCUGCUGCUGCUUCACAGAGUCCAGAGGCCAGGUCACAGUGACUCAGUCUGCAGCAGUCAGCUCUGCUGUGGGACAAACCGUCACCAUCACAUGCAGGACCAGUCAGAACGUUUAUGUUCAUAACAGUAAGCACUAUUUAGCCUGGUACCAACAGAAAGAUGGACAACCUCCUAAGAGGCUCAUUUACAGAGCCAGCACUCGAGAUUCAGGGAUUCCAGAUCGUUUUACAGGCAGUGGAUCAAACUCUGACUUCACUCUGACCAUCAGUGGAGUUCAAGCUGAAGAUGCUGCAGUUUAUUACUGUCAGAGUGAUCACAGUCCGUAUGUGUUCACACAGUAUAAAACCGUCUGCUGCUGCUUCACAGAGUCCAGAGGCCAGGUCACAGUGACUCAGUCUGCAGCAGUCAGCUCUGCUGUGGGACAAACCAUCACCAUCACAUGUCGGACCAGUCAGAACCCCAGCUAUUUAGCCUGGUACCAACAGAAAGAUGGACAACCUCCUAAAAGGCUCAUUUACAGCAUCAGCACUCGAGAUUCAGGGACUCCAGGCCGUUUUACAGGCAGUGGAUCAAACUCUGACUUCACUCUGACCAUCAGUGGAGUUCAAGCUGAAGAUGCUGCAGUUUAUUACUGUCAGAGUUAUCAUUAUAUCAACAGUCAGAGAGUGUUCACACAGUGA